UGUCAAGUGUGUACAGACCCUGCUGCAGCUUUUUACUGUGGAGCACAAGUUUGCGAAGCCUGCAAGAAAUUUUUUAUAAGGUCAUGGAAGAACAGCACAGAGAAUAAUUAUGUGUGUCUGCAAGACAGGAAAUGUGUUUUGACAAAAGAAUCUAGAAAGCACUGUGCAUAUUGCAGAUAUGACAGAUGCUUACAAUUAAAGAUGUAUCUACCCGGUGGACCAAGGGUAUCACAAGAAAUCAGCCAGGUUCCAUGCAGAAUAUGUGGCGCUCCAUCAUCUGGAUUUCAUUUUGGAGUAAUAACCUGUGAGGGAUGCAAGGGAUUUUUCCGUAGACGCUGCCAUGACAACCGAUUUGACAAGUUCAAAUGUAACGAAAAUAAUUGCUGUGUCAUAUCCGCUGCCAACAGGAGCAUGUGCAGAGCAUGUCGGCUAAGAAAGUGCUUGGACUCUGGAAUG